GACGGGGGCGGGUCUUCCUCUAGUCAUGGUGAUUCGGUAAACGACUGCUUCUGUGGAGCCGUAGACCGUAAAGCGGACCGUAAACAGAACACUUCAACAACUUUACUUGGGGAUUUUCGGUGUUGCCAUGGAGGAGGUGACACGCCUGGUGUCAACAGGAGACUGUGUGAAGGUCUGGGAUGCGGUUACCAUGGCGCCGCUGGAGCAGUUUAACCCACACAGCAUCAGCCACCCUGUGGCACAGGCCUGCUGGAGCUCCAACAAUCAUUACCUGGUCAGUGCCAGCAGCAGCGGAGACAAACUGGUGGUUUCCAGCCUCAAGUCGACCCCGGUUCCUCUCGUGGAACUGGCUGAGGGAAGAAAACAGACCCGCGUGUGUCUGAGCUCGUCGUCUCAGUUUCUGGUGAGCGGUGGUCUGGAUCACUGUGUUCACCUGUGGGACCUGAAGACCAAGAGACUGCACCGCUCCCUCAAGGACCAUAAAGAAGAGGUGACCUGCGUGUCCUUCAACGUCAACGACAGCUGCAUCGCCUCGGGCUCCACCAGUGGAGAUCUGGUCCUCCACAGUCUGACCACCAACCUGUCCAGCAAACCCUUCGGCCAUGGCAGCAACCAGCCCGUCCAUGACCUGAGGCUGUCCACGCUGAAGCGCUCCCUGCUGGGCAGCGUGUCCGACAGCGGCACCGUGGUCCUGUGGGACUCAAACACCCAGAAGGAGCUCCAUGUUUUCGACAGUGCCCACAAGGCCCCGGGCUCUGGUCUGGCCUUCUCCCCCGCCAGCGAGCUGCUGGUCACCAGCGUCGGUCUGGACAAGAAGAUUAUCUGCUACGACACAGCGAGCAAGAUCGUCCUAAGGUCCAUCAGGGUGGACAGUCCUCUGACCUCGGUGGACUUCACUCUCGAUGGUACCGGUCUGGUGGUUGGAUCCACUCAGGGGAAGAUCUACCAGUACGACCUGAGGAACUCCAGCGCCCCCACCAGGAUUACUGUGGCACAUAAAACCUCCGUCACCUGCCUUCGCUUCCAAAGCAACACCAGCAAACACAAGUCCAGCAGUAAAAUUGGUUCCACCAAAAUCGCCAGCACCAAACGGCCUUCAACCAGAGUGUCCGGCAGCCAGCCUGACCCCACCCCCAGCACAGGCCCAACCCCCCACAGACAGGUGACAGGCACAGCAGGGGUCACUGGUGCUGAGGUGAUGUCCCGGGAGGCGGAGGGUCAACAGGGGUCAGAGAUCAGCAGCGUCGGGCGAAACAGUCUGGACGUCUUCUCACCUGCACGUGGCGACUCGAGGACACAGGGGACGAGUGGAGACACGCCAUUUGGAAGAACACACGUAACCAGCCUGGACAUGUUAUCCAGAGAGGGGGAGGGUCAGCAGGUCGUCGGCCGAGCCAGUCUGGACAUCUUCUCCCCGGUCAGAGAAGACUCUCAUUCGGGUGUCGGCUCCCACCGUAAGACCCCCCUGGGAACGCCCCUGGUCACCCCCGCGGGUCGAUGUUACAGCCCGCUGUCAGCCUUCCAAACGCCGCCGCCAAUCAAAGAGGAGGAGCCAGUCACUGCUGCAGCUGCUGUACCAUGUGACUCCAGGAAGUCAGAGAAAGUCAGCAGUUCGAGCGUGGAGGGGGAGAGUCAGGCCACGCCCCCGUCGUCUCAGCAGACCAAUCACAGCCAGCCAGCCCCACCCUUCUUCACUCCGGAGCCCAGCCUCCGAAGAGCCAACGGUUUUCACACGCAGCUCAGCUACGAGUCUCCUCUCCACGGAGCUCCGCCCACCACGGCAGCAGCUCCUGCUCUGGCGUCGGCGUCGUCUUCUCUCUCUCAGAGCGCCGCAGAGGGAGGAGCCGCUCCUUUCACCGCCACCCAGGUCCAGUUCAUCCAGAACAUUUUCCAUGAGUCUCUGGAGGACGUGAGAGACGCCUGUCACAAAGACAUCCUCAACCUGCAGGUGGAGAUGAUUCGACAGUUCUGCAUCCAGAUGAACGAGAUCCACGGUCUGAUCGAGAGAGUGUCUGUGAACGAAGCUCUAGUGGACGAGAUCGAGAGGCUGCGCGAGGAGAACCGCCGACUCAAGACCAACUACUGACCUCUGACCUGUGGCGAGAAGAAGAAGCACGGACGCCGUGCUCUUGCUGCUGAUUGUAGAGGACGAGCAGCGGCGUCUCGUGUUUCCGUCGUCGUCUCAGAUGUGAGUGAAGAUGCAGUCGUGUCUGAACUGAACUCAUUAAACACCAAAAUAUGGAUUUUUAAAAAA